AUGAUCACGGCGCUGACCCUGUACCACGUGCUGAUGGCGGUGGUGCGGCUGUACGUAGCCAUGACGCUAGCCUACGGUUCCGUCCGCUGGUGGUGGAUCUUCACCCCCGACCAGUGCUCGGGGAUCAACUGCUUCGUGGCGCUCUUCGCCGUCCCGCUCCUCUCGUUCCACUUCAUCUCCACCAACAGCCACUUCACCAUGAACCUGUGCUUCCUCGUCGCCGACACGCUGCAGAAGCUCGCCGUCCUCCUCCUCCUCUUCCUCACCUCCCGCCUUUCCUCUUCUCACUUCCUCGGCCUCGACUGGAGCAUCACGCUCUUCUCCCUCUCCACGCUCCCCAACACGCUCGUCAUGGGCAUCCCGCUGCUCCACGGCAUGUACGGCGGCGGAGCCGCGUCCUCGUCCUCCGCCUCCACCGACGCCGGCGCACUCAUGGUCCAGGUCGUCGUCCUCCAGUGCAUCAUCUGGUACACACUCAUGCUCUUCCUCUUCGAGUACCGCGCCGCGCGCGCGCUCGUGCUCGACCAGUUCCCCGACGGUGCUGUCGUCUCCAUCGUCUCCUUCCGCGUCGACUCCGACGUCGUCUCGCUCGCUAGGGGCGAGAUCGAGCUCGAGGCCGACGCCGUCCCCGUCGCCGCCAGCGCCUCCUCGCGCGGCGGCGACACCGGACAGGUGCGGGUCACCGUGCGCAAAUCCACCAGCUCACGCUCCGAGGCCGCGUGCUCGCACUCCCACUCCCACUCGCAGUCCAUGCAGCCCCGGGUCUCCAACCUCUCCGGCGUCGAGACCUACUCGCUACAGUCAUCGCGCAACCCCACCCCGCGCGGCUCCAGCUUCAACCACGCCGACUUCUUCAACAUCGUCGACGCCGGUGCCAAGGGAGGAGGAGGAGCGGCGGCGGUAGGGGACGAGGAGAAGGGUGCCGGCGGGCACUCGCCGCAGCCGCAGGCCGUGGCCGUGGCGGCCAAGAGGAAGGACCUGCACAUGCUCGUCUGGAGCUCCAGCGCCGCCGUGCACGUCUUCGGGUCCGGGGCCGACGACCAUGCCGAUGUCCUCGCCAAAGGCAUCAUAAAGCGUUAG